CCGGUUCAGAUAGAUACUUUAAAAAAAACAACCGCCAUCCCUCUUAGAUUCUCUGGCUAUCCAAACAACCCUAUCCUGGAAAUUUCCCACGUUUUAUUCCGUCCAAAGAAAAUGGCAUUUAACUUCAUUCCUUUCGUUUAAUCCCACCUUCUCUGCUCCAAAUUUUCUCUAGAAAAGUACUUCGAGAUGACAUUUCUCAUGCCUUCACCUGAAGUUUCCACCGCCUUUGCAAAAAUUUUCUCUAUCCCUACUCCUCACCAUAAAUUCCUCAAGAGCUGCGCGAUUUCGAAGAACGACGACGAGAAAGUUUGGUCAAAGACCAACGCUAGGGUCGGUGUUAAAGAUGUCGGCAGUACGGUUUCGGGUUUGAGCCAAAACUUGAGGUUGUACGUACAAUUUUCGGCUCCGGUGAAGCGAGGAUCGAAGUCCAGCAAAGAGGAAGAGGAAAAGCAGGAUUAUUACGUGAAUAUGGGUUACGCUAUUCGGACCUUGAGAGAGGAGUUGCCGGACAUCUUCUACAGAGAGCUCAGUUUUGAUAUUUACAGGGAUGAUAUUGUAUUCAAAGAUCCUCUCAAUACUUUCAUCGGAAUCGACAAUUAUAAGUCAUUCUUCUCGGCACUGCGAUUCCAUGGGAGGAUAUUUUUCAAAGCUCUCUGGCUUGACAUUGUCAGUGUAUGGCAGCCAAUGGAGAAUGUCAUAAUGGUUCGCUGGACCAUCCAUGGCAUUCCACGAGUCCCAUGGGAAAGUCAUGGUCGAUUCGAUGGCACUUCUGAAUACAAACUCGACAAGAAGGGAAAAAUAUAUGAGCACCGAGUCGACAACACCGCACUGAAUUCACCCCCUAAGUUUCACGUGCUAGCUGUGGAAGAUCUAAUCCGAUCCGUAGGUUGCCCCUCAACCCCAAGGCCAACUUACUUCGAGAUCUCGUCGGUUUCACCUCCAGAAAAAACAUAAUAAAACCACCUUAGGUUCUUCAUAAAUUUUGGUAAAUAAUGUGUCUCAUGGUUUGUUGAGCUAUAUAUAGCAUGAAAUGGGUGUUAUUAAUGUGUAAAAAACUUGGUUUAGAUCACAAAGCUAGCACUUAGUAUUUGCUUGGGUUGUAUUCUCAUAUUAUGAUAUCAAACAAGUUGUAUGGUUUUGUAAAAAUACAAGUAUAUUGAAGUUGAUUGUAAAAUGGAAUUAAAUUGAUUAAAGUAAUAAGAUUUUGACUUUGUUGAA